CGUCAUAUGUGACCAGUGCCAAAUAGGCCCAAACAGGAAUUGAGCAAAGUGCCUCCGCCCGCUCAAUUACAAGCGCUUGCACCCUCCAGUCAGCGCCUUUUCCUGUCAAGAUUGGAAAGUGGACAUUGUCAAUUAGGCAAGAAGUUCCAGGGGAAGAAGACAACUCUGGCCAAAAUGAGGAGUUCCGAGGCUGGCGAGGACGUGAAAGACCUUUGGAAUAUGAACCGGUGUAAAUGUUAGAUGAGGGAUGACUCUCAGCCUGAAUAAAAAGGCGUUUCGGUACUUCGCAAUCGCCGGCGGAGACCAGAUUGAGACAGUGGACUCGUUGGCAGAGGACCUAAAAUUGCACAGUCAUGGGGGAAUGGAGUUUUCUCAGCGGACUCUUCGACCACCUCCAGGCCCACUCGCCCAUGCUGGGUCGGUUCUGGCUCUUUCUUAUGUUGAUCUUUAGGAUCUUGAUCCUGGGCACGGUGGCCAGUGACAUGUUCGAGGACGAGCAGGAGGAGUUUGCCUGCAACACGCUCCAGCCGGGUUGCAAGCAGGUGUGCUACGACCAGGCCUUCCCCAUCUCCCAGUACCGCUUUUGGGUCUUUCACAUCGUGCUCAUCGCCACGCCAUCGCUGCUCUUUAUCACGUACGCCAUGCAUCACCACAACAAGAAACCCGGCGGCUCCGAGGGGACUCCAAGCUACCGAGAAAACCGCAAAUUCCAGAGGAUCUACAUCGUCCACGUGGCCUUUCGCUUGUUCGCCGAGGUCGGCUUUCUGGUGGGCCAGUGGUGGCUUUACGGCUUCAAGGUGGAGGCCCAAUAUCCCUGCGACCGCUUCCCUUGUCCCUACACCGUGGACUGCUUCACCUCGCGCCCGGCCGAGAAAACCGUCUUCCUCGUUUUCUACUUUACCGUCGGGGUCCUGUCCGCCUUCUCCAGCUGUUUGGAACUUCUCUACAGCUCCGUCAAGUGGUUCUGUCGCAGGCGAAAGCAUUUCAGCGCCCACAGCUACAAACCCGGGGCACCGUCAGUGUCGGAAAGCACGCUUGGCAACGGGAGACCAAGGAUGAAGGUCCGCAAGAAGAGGAAUGGAGCAGCUUCCAAUUACAGAAAUGACAAAAAGAUAAACGGCAAGACUUUUGUGGUGUGACUAUGAGUCAUAAACACGUUGUUGGCACGCCAGGCGAAGACAAGGAAACAAAAAACACGACGUUAAGACUGCUGCUUUAGUCUUUUAUGGCUUUCACUGUUGACUAGUUUGAGUUUCGCCCUUCCUGAGAAUCAUUGAGAAUAUCAUUUUGGGCCGUGGCGUCGCGUAUCUCAAAUGUUAUGUUUUGACUUCCGGCGUAACAGCGGCAUCAGAGAAAAACAUCAACUUCCCAAUUCUUGAGAAAA